GAGACAGGUAAGCUGGACUAAAUUGCCCUUGCCCACCGCCUGGAGUCGUCUCGCCCGCCGAUCUCCUCCAUCCGCUCGCCGCGCCGCAAACCGGAGAGGAGACUGCGCUCGGUCGAGCACUCGAGCACCACCUGGGGCCAGCAUCUCCGGCACGGCGUCCGCCCUCUGCAGCCCCGGUGUCCCUGCGACCGUCGCUGCUGUCCUACUUCGCCACUGGCCCCUUUGCCCGGCGACGAGCACCACCAGAACAAUAGGAAUUUGUCUUCCUCAUCUAAAGCUGCUGCAUUGUGUUUCAUAUAAAUGGCUAUGGGGUUGAUUAAUGCUAAUCCUAUAAUCCAUGAGAAAAAAGAAAGGCGCAUCCGACCAGCACCAGAGACCACAGAUGAAAAUGCAGCAGAGCCCAUAGACCAGCUGGAAAUAUUUGAUAUCCUUCUUAAUGAUUUUCCUUAUAUAAAUGUAGUGAAGCUUGUUUUUCCAUUUAUCUGUGAGCUCUCUACCCGAGCUACAUAUAUUUUUUAUUUGACAAGGGGGAGUUCCCCAUUUCCCUCUAUCCUAGCUAUUUGGUUCUGGUCCUUAAUGUUCUUACAUCACAUUAGAGAUAUAAAGGAUCCAGAGCACCCAUACUCACUGGAACAGCUGAAUGUGGUAACUGAAAACUCAAUUGAACUCAAUGAUGAAAGUAAUCAUGUCAGGGUUACUUUCACCCCAACAGUGGAGCACUGCAGUAUGGCAACUAUUAUUGGCCUUUGCAUACGUGUGAAACUUGUACGGAGUCUCCCUCCUCGUUACAAGGUGGACAUAAGAGUUGCCCCUGGAUCACACGCAACUGAAGCUGCCGUGAAUAAGCAACUGAAUGACAAAGAACGUGUUGCAGCUGCAUUGGAAAACCCAAACCUACUGGACAUGGUUGAAGAAUGCUUAUCACCAACAUUUGAUUGAGGCCAUAUCUGGGCGCCAUGGCGUUUUAUGUUCAGAAGCCACACAAGCUUAUUGCCUAUGGAGUUCACUCCUGUCUUUCAAGUACUGAAAUGUUUUGGCUGUUAAAGGACGUGUGCAUGAUUUUUUUUCCAUCCGUCCACUUUUGGACGUUUUUUUGUGCUCGUGACCUCCCUGACCCUGAGCAGAGGGAGAUGUAAUCAGAUCUUGUGCUGUAGCUUUCGGAGUGUUGUCACUUGUCAGUACCACACCAUUUUGAGGCUGUGUACCCUACACAAUCAACUGAACUUGGUAGGAGAGUCCUAGAAUCCUCAAAUCAUUAGUCGUUUCUGUUUCCAUACUCAGGAAAUGUUUAGUUUCUGAGUUUCUAGCAUGUUUGUUAUUAUUAUUACUAUUAUUAUUGUAUAGCAUGCCCUAAAGUUUGCAUAAGAAAAAUCGUGAUUUCCCCUCAA